ACUACUUAAUAUACUUUCCUUGCCGCGCCUUUCCUCCGGUAUUUGGGGUUGUGAUGAAUUUUGGCGCCUCCGACAGUUAGUAGUUUUUGGAGGAAAAUAAAGGGAAACCAUUUAUCUGUUCGUAAAUUUGCCUUAGAAAGACCAACUGUGUGUUGUGGAAGAACGAGAUAUGGAGGACAUUGGUGAUUAUUUGGACUUCGAAUUCGAUGAGCCCAUCAAAGUUCCUGCCGCCAUAAACAAGAAAAAGAAAAAGGUCAUAGGUUUGGAUGAUCUUGUAGCAGAUUAUUAUCAGGAGAAAAGCCAGGUUAUUGAAAGGGAAUCCAAAAGGGCCAAGUCUGAAAAGCAGAUAUGUGAUUCUGAUGAUGAUUUGGAUGAAGAAGAUGCUAGACAAGUAAAAGAGUUUGAGGAUCAUGUUGAUGAGUUCCAAAAGGAUAUGGGUCAAAUAAGCAAUGAUGAUGACACACAUUUUUGGGGUUUCCAAGUUUUUGGAAAUCAGGAAGUGCUGUCUCCUGUGCGGUUUACUGAAAUUGAUUGUUGUGAACUCUUACAGUCUUUCCAAAAUCACGAACUGAAUUCUAUGGUUGAACUCGAAAUGGAGAAAGGAGAAACGUUUCUUGAAGGAUUACUAACAAAUGGGUGGCUCUUGAAGUUGGUUUUUAUAAGUGGUCAGUUGGAGGAUUCCAUAGCAACAUGGACGUUCAAUCUCAUGUUGUAUUCAUCAAAGGAUGUGCUGAGAAGAAGUGCAUGUGACUUAUGGUGUAGCAUCCUUCUGCACAAAAACAAGCCGGACCAUUCGAGUAUCAAGUUGGAAUGGGUACCUAGCCAUUCUGAACUAAAAAAAGCGCUUGAAGUAUAUGGCUUUCAAUUGGAUUCUUCUUCGAAGUCAUCAUCUGAUGUUGAGAUGGUUCCUGCAGAUUCUGAUUGUCCAGGACCGCCUCAGAAUAUUCAAUACUGGAUUAAAUAUGUUAGAGUUUGCUUCCAAGUAAGGAACACAUGGGGAAUCUUAUCUUCAUCAGAGGCAGAGGAUUUGACAUAUAUAAUUAUCACUAUGUUUCUAGAUCGCGUAAUGUUGGGCCUCUCCGUGGUUCUACAUGAGUGUCUGGUUGCAGCUAUUAGUUACUUCAAAUAUGAUGAAUGGCAAGCAAGCUGUCACCAAAUAGCAAAAUGCCUUGCAUUAAGACUGCCUGCAGAUGUAAAUUGCCUGAGAAUUGUAGACAGUAUCUCAGCAAUUGAUGGGCGUAGUAAGCACCUCAGAAGUGCUGUGGCUUUCCAAUUUCUUGUGAAAUGCUUUGAUGCUAAGGUACUUGAUGCAGAAGAGAUCUUGAGGUUGCUGAUCUCAAUUAAUGUGAGAGACAACAAAUGUAACCUUUUCAAGAUGUAUAUAGGCUUGAGUUUGGCAGAAAAUUGGCUUUUAUUCGAUCCCCUGUUGAAAGACAAACCAAUCCUACGUGAAAUGUGGGGUCUCUGUUUACGUAACUGUUCUUGUCAAAUUACCAGUACGGAUUUGAGGCCCUUUGCUUCAAAGGUCCGGUGUAAAGCUACAUAUCUUCUUCAAGGAACUUCCAGUAGAUGAUUAAGGUAGGCCUUCCUUGAGCCGCUAGGUAUUGUUCUGGGAACUCUUCUCAUCUGCUUUACUUAGUACAGCCAGAAUAAGAACAUCUGGCGUAUAAUUUGUCUUUAUUCAGUAACAAGUCCAAGGCUGUUCUAACUCGCGAAGCAGCCGACAGGGGAUUUGGGUUGUUUAGUUCAGACGAGACUCAGCUGACUCCUUCCAACACUACAGUUACUCAAAGCCAAGUAAUACCAUUUUCGCUGUCAUCAUGGUUGUUUUGGACACUAACUGUUUCCUACGGAUCAGUGCUUGAAGAGUGUUUUUGGAAGGCAAAGCUAGCUGCCUGCCCUUUUGGAUGUCCGGUGAAGUAUGAUGAUGUCCGAGCCAUUUUGCCUGUAAGCAAGUCUUUUUUGUGUAAUUGUUGGCAAUAUCAGACCUGGAGAUUAACAAACUGUGUCUCGGGUGACUGGGCAGUAGUAGUCCUGUGAACUUGCUAGAUUUUUCGCUUCACUAUUCUCGUAAUCUUCUGAACUAUACAUGUCGGGUGAUUGUCAACAAUUUUUUGGCGAGAUCAUGUUGAAGAAUGAUGUACAGUGCAAAUCAAGAAUGAAGUCAAUUUAAUUUCCCGGAUCCUUUCUUUUACUA